AUGAGUGCACACAAUAAUAAUAACAGCAGUACACCAUUAGCACACCAAACAGACACAUAUGUUAACCCAUUCGAGAUUGGUGGGGACUUGGAUAACUCACAUGAGCAUGGGGCAACUACUCUAUCCACGGCCUCCUCGUCGGGAGCUGGAGGAGGCGGUGGUCUUUCAGACCCUUUUGCCGAUCCUUUGACCUCGGAUAUAAUGCAGCCUCUUGAAGCUGAAUUUGUUGAUUUAUCGUCACCUAUGGAUUCCUCACAUAAGAACGUUCAAAGUAAUAGCGAUUCAUUACCAGGGCCAAAAAUGAGCUCAGUUAGUAGUAAUAGUACAUCAAUAAACAUUACAUCGCCACCAGUAGUGAGUGGAAAUAUCGGGAGUACGAGUAGAAGUGGUGGUAGUGGAGGUAACGCGAGUAUUGGGACUGGACGACCAUUGUUUGGUAGUAAUACUUUGGAUGAACCUGUAUCAGAAACGAUUCUUCGUGAUUUGAGAAAUAUUGCACUGAAAUUGCAACAAGUUCUUCAUCCGAAAGCAAGAAGAGAUGUACUCAAAGAUUGCAAUAUUCUGUGUAUAAAUACAGAGAAUGAACAAGAAGGAUAUGUAUUCACCGGUGUAUUUGUGAUUGUAUGGUGUGGAGCAGCGGUUGUUACGGUGAACGCAAAAUUGUUGGGUGGAAAUGUAUCAUUUUUUCAAAGUGUCUGUGUACUUGGAUACUGUAUCUUUCCAUUGGUGAUCGCUGCGUUGAUAUUCUUAUUUGUGAGUAAUAUCGUCAUACGAUUGCCGUUGGUGAUUCUGGCGUUUGGGUGGUCGUCGUAUGCACCAGUCAACUUUUUCUCUUCGUCACAUUUGGCAAAUAGACGUGCGCUUGCGGUGUACCCUCUCUUUCUGUUUUACUUUGUGAUUGCAUGGCUGGUUCUCAUUACUCGUCGAUAA